AUGACUUGUCAAGAACAUCGCGGUGAAUUCGAGAAAAGCUGGUCAAAUAUCCAUUCGGAAACUGGAGAAGUAUUUAAAGAGUUUAUUGACAAGGAGCACUGUCGUCUUGCUGCUUACGAAAAAAUGCCAUUCUGGACCACUCAGGACACUCGUAAUGCGAUCAUCUCGUCGUUGAUUCCAGCUGGAGCCGCGGUGGCUGCCUUUGCAUCAUUUGCCAAAGAUCAGCAAGUUGCUGAUUGGUGGGCGGCAUUGAAAAAGCCAAAUUGGGCUCCAAAAGACGUUCGAGUCUAUUCCGCUGUCGAUCUUCUGACUCUAUCGCCUUUGGGAUACGCUUCUUACCUUGUAUACAAGAACGGAGGUGGGUUCGACUACAACGACACAAAGUUGGCUCUUGGUUUGUAUGGAGCUAGUGUCACUCUCGCUGUUGCAACAAUUCCGAUCGUCAAGAAGAAGGAGCUGGGAUGUUUGUGGAAGAAUACCACUGUUGUCAGUUUGACUGCUGCAGCUGCAUCUUUUGCAUUCUACAAGAUUGACAAGAAGGCUGGCCUCCUUGUCGUUCCAUUCGCUGUAUGGACCGCUUUCUACGCUUACCUCGCUUACUCCAUCAAGAAGGAGAAUGACCCAAUCAAGAACUUGUAAAACAAUCACUGCAGGAAUUCUUCACAAUCUCAAGUUUAGACUCUUCUAAAUGAUUUAUUCUCUCAUUUUUCUUUCUUCCAAUUUUACUUUUUUUGCUAAAUGAUUUCUGUAAAUAAAUCAAUUGACUCCUG